AUGGCUUGCCAUCAAUGCAAGAGACAUUACCCGCUUGAUACCCGUCGGUUCGCUCAUCCCAACUCAAACUCCCCAGGUUCCUGCUACAAUGAAGAUUUGAACUUUUUGAAGCAUCGAUCCCUUUCCUCCCCCUCCGUCAGAGACACACGGACACAGUAUCUCCGACUAUGCGUGCACACCUCACUCAGCAGGUGUUGGUUUGCUCAGCGAUCAAAUGGCAGCAGGUGUUGGUUCAUUGAGGUCAAAACUAAGAUGUUUUGGGUGAUUCAAAAGCAAGACUGGUAUGAGCCCGAUGUAUAUCUAUACAAAGACUUGAUUAUUGCUUUAUCUAAAAAAAUGGAGGAGGCAAUGAAGCUAUGGGAAAGCAUGAAAAAGGAAAUUAAUUUAUAUCAUGAUUCUCAAACAUACAUAGAAGUGAUUCGUGGGUUUUUCAGAUUUGGAUCUACUGAUGAUGCUAUGAACAUCUAUGAAGACAUGAAACAGUCUCCCGACCCACCAGAUGAGUUGCCAUUUAGAAUCCUACUCAAGGGGCUUCUCCGACAUCCCUUAAUCCUAUUGAGGAAUAAAGUCAAAACAAGACUUUGA